AUGCAUAAAAGAUCAUGCCAAACGUCCAAGCUUCUGUAUUUUCAUCCAGUGGUUGACAAAGAGUCUGCCUCGACGACUGCAACGCUCAACAACGCUCAAAAAUCGCCAUCGACAUCGACAACAGAAGGUGCUUUCACAACUACAACUUUAAACAGCGUUCGUCUACCAAUGCCGCCAUCGUCGUCGUCAGGUGUGGCCACUUCCUCAAUUACAGAACUCAACAAAGUCCACCGGUCGCCACCGCCGUUGUCACUUACUGAGGCUACUUCUGAGUUUAAGCAAAUCAACAGCAUACAACAACCAACACAGUCGUCGUCGCCAAUGAAGGCCCACACUGCUCCAUCCGCCAGACCCCUGCCAGGUAUAAAACUUCCCCGUACAAGACGAGAUUGGGAAGAGGCAAACGCAUAUUUCCAUGCUGAGUUAAAUUCAUGGGGAGACGUCGAUGAUAUUGACAAGUUAGCUUAUCAGUUCAACAAUUUAAUUUACAAAUAUUUUGAAAAAUCUCAUGGUACCAUUAAUAAAAGAAUAACAAUAGACCAAAACCGUUCAAUUAACCAACUGAAAAAAGAUUUGGCCAAACUAAAAAAAAUUGUAAAAAACAAUAACAGCCAACAAAUCAAAAAAGAAAUUAUCUCAACAAGUAAACUAAUUAGAACAAAAUUGAGAUACAAAAAGGCUGACCGCAAGAACGAUAUUGCGCAACAAUUAAAAAACAAUUUCUGGAAAACGUGCCAAAAUAUUUUUUUGCCAACGAAACAAGUGUCACCACUACCAAAUUUCAAUAAUAGUAUUUAA